UUGUAACUGCAAACCACUUCGUCUGAUUUCCUCUACCUUAUCUCUCAUUCCUAACUUCCAAUCCACCACCUAAACAAAAUGCCCGCCGGCGAGAUUCGCUGCCCCUCCCCUGCACGAACACCGGCGAAUAACUCCUACACAGCGGACGAAGACGAGGCCUGGGUGUGGAGCCAGAUCAAAGCCGAGGCCCGCCGCGACGCCGAGUCAGAACCGGCUUUGGCUAGCUACCUCUACUCCACGAUCCUCUCUCACUCCUCGCUGGAGCGAUCUCUUUCCUUCCACUUAGGCAACAAGCUUUGCUCCUCUACUCUUCUUUCCACCCUCCUUUACGACCUCUUCCUUAACACUUUCUCCUCCGAUCCUUCUCUCCGGGCCGCUGCCGUCGCCGAUCUUCGCGCCUUCCGCGUCCGUGACCCUGCUUGCAGAUCGUUCUCGCACUGCCUUCUCAAUUACAAAGGGUUCUUGGCCUGCCAGGCUCAUCGAGUUGCUCACAAGUUGUGGAGUCAGUCUCGUAGGCCACUGGCACUAGCUUUACACUCUCGAAUUGCUGAUGUUUUUGCUAUUGAUAUACAUCCAGCGGCAAGAAUUGGGAACGGGAUAAUGUUUGAUCACGCAACUGGUGUUGUAAUUGGUGAAACUGCAGUAAUUGGGAACAAUGUUUCCAUUUUGCACCAUGUUACACUUGGAGGAACAGGGAAGGCUUCUGGGGAUCGACAUCCCAAGAUUGGAGAUGGAGUCUUGAUUGGAGCUGGUGCUACAAUUCUUGGAAAUGUGAAGAUUGGGGAAGGUGCAAAGAUUGGGGCCGGCUCUGUGGUGCUUAUUGAUGUGCCUCCUCGGACCACAGCAGUGGGGAAUCCAGCAAGAUUGGUGGGUGGAAAAGAAAAACCAGCUAAAAAUGAGGAAUGCCCAGGAGAAUCCAUGGAUCACACUUCUUUUAUCUCAGAGUGGUCAGAUUAUAUCAUUUGAUAUGCUGGUUUGAUCUCAUAUUUGUCAUAUAUGUGUUUGUACGUUGCUGGGUAUUGCCAAAUUAUCCCUUUCUUGUUUGACUUUGGUGGUUCAGAUCAACAAGGGAUAAAGCUGUUAUUUUUAUUGUAAUUGACUGUUUGUAUUGAAUGAUGAGUACUUGACAGCAACUAAUCUAUAGUUAAAGCAGCAGACUUUUCGUUUAAAA